UCAGGAACCUCCAGCGAUUACGCACACACUCAGACACACACCCCAAAAAUAAAGAAGUAACAAACAGAAACUGUGUCCCUUUUCUACGGCCACUGCCAGGGUGGGUUGCCCUCUGCAGUGUAUCUCUGCUUGACUUCUUUUUUGGGCCUUUGGAUACCUUAGAGGCCCCCUGCGUGAUAAGGUGCGUGAGUUAGAUCAUUGGUUUCAUUUGGUAAGAGGAAAUUUAGAGUUGAGCAAUGGUACGGGGACAGUUUUGAAAGCCCUUGAGAAAGCAUCAGAGCUGCAGAUCAAGUGUCAGGCGGCGAGGAACCCAUGCUGCAUCCGUACAGAAUGGAGGGGUACAUCAUCCCAACCUGUGUCGAACGGCAUUACGAGGACUUGCCAUGGACGUACUAGUUACCAAAGAAGAGAGUAGAGAGAGAGUAACCUGGACUGGCUGGAUGUCACAGACACCAUCUGUACAAAAAGAUUACUGGGCAGUUUUAACCAAAGAUCAGCAAACAGAGGAAAUGUUUGAGUCAGAGAUGUAUCGGCCACCAAUGGAGUAUCAGUAUAUCAUUGACGAGAGUCAGAAUGAUCACACCUGGGAUUAUAAUAGCCAUCAUGUCCAUCCAGUGGAUUUCGAGAACCUGCCAGAGAGCCACUUCACAGAGCUACAGAGCGUACAGCCACUACAUGCAUCAAAUGUGCAUCGCUUCCCAGACGUUGAGUCGGGCCAUUUUAUCGACCCAGGCCUGACCGGGCAUCACCUCACUCUGCCCCCUCCACAGAUGGCAUAUUUGCCACGGCCAUCUGUGUGUUACCCUCACAGUGUACAGCCGUCUCCUCUCCAGCGCAGCUCGGAUGACGAUGACCCCAGCAGUCGCAGUCCUCCGUUAGAGGUGUCCGAUGAGGAGUGUAUGAGGGACCAUAUUACAUCAACAACAGGAGGCGAGCAUGGUAACAAGAAGAAAAUUCGCUUGUAUCAGUUCCUGCUGGACCUUCUCCGAAAUGGUGACAUGAAGGACAGCAUCUGGUGGGUUGACCGAGAAAAAGGAAUAUUCCAGUUCUCUUCAAAGCACAAAGAAGCUUUAGCACACCGCUGGGGCGUACAGAAGGGAAACCGCAAGAAGAUGACCUACCAGAAGAUGGCAAGGGCACUGAGAAACUAUGGCAAGACGGGAGAAGUCAGGAAGAUCAAGAAGAAACUCACCUACCAGUUUAGUGGAGAGGUACUUGGCAAAAGCCACACCGAAAGGAAGCUUUACAUGUAAACAUAUGCAUAAAAAGAGAGAACAAGACUUGGAGAAAACAAGAGAGAAUUUAUUUUUCUCUUUGAAAACAAGUAAAUGGCAAAAUGGACCAGAACUCUUACCAUGAGCUUAUGGUUUAAAACUAUUUUAUUUUCCAGUCCUUUUGUAUUAUUCACCUUUGCAUUAAUGAAGUAAACUUUACGUCCUUUACAUUUCAGUAGCUUUUGUGAUGUAAGACCAACAUUUACAACAUUUAAACAUUUAAAGAGCAGAAACAUGACCAAAGUGGGUAGAUAUAUAAAAAAAAAAAAUUACAAAAAGCUAUUCUCGAGUUUAAGACAGUUUAAGACACCACCACGCAUGAUGGAAAAAAAAACACAAAAAAACACAAAAAUACAAAAAGCAGAAGUGAAAACCAAUGACACAGGCUCACACAGCACGGAAAACUCUGUCACGUCUGUGUAACGCACACACACACAGAGAGAGAGAGAGAGAAAUAUUAUAUGCUCGUGUUUGUACUGUCUUUCUCUCUACAUUACAUUCCAUCUGAAGAAAAAUAAAAAUCUUUAUAAAAACCAAGAUGAAUAAACAUUCAUUUUCAAUAGAAA